AUGAGUUCUAGAGAGAUGUCGAUGGACACAAUUACGGAAGAUUCCGAUUCCUUUGUUUCUAAUACAGAUGCAAUCAUCUUCUAUGGUGCUUCUGAUUUUUCAGUGCGGACUGAAAGCUCAAUCUCAGGUCCCAAUAUUCCUAAUUCGUCUUCUACGAGUGUAGACGACUAUGACCACCAGCAGCAGAUCUCAACGGCUGCUGCUGGCAGUGGUAGUGCUGAGGAUUUGAUUAUAUCAUCAAGUGCAUCUUCCAGCUCGUUUAACAAUACUAAUAAGCAAAGUGAUCAGCAAGAAGAGAUAAGGAUAUUUAAUGUUGAUUUCAGGUCACUUUCUAGGGUUGCUGUUUGCAGUACUACCAGUGACAAAGAGGACGAGAAAGAAUUUGGGAGCAUUAAGAGACUGAUGCCUUGCGCUAGUUUAUUGCCUGAUAUUGGUCAGACAGUGAGUGAACAACCUAACAUAUUUAGGCUUGUCAAUGCCUUGAUGGCUUGUGCCAAGGCAGUCCAACAGAACAACAUCUGUCUAGCAGAUGCACUUAUCAGGGACAUAAAAAUGCGUGCAAUCUCACAAAUAGGAGCAAUGAAAAAAGUGGUGACUUAUUUUGCACAAGCUUUGGAUCUAAAGAUUCACGGAACAAAUGUACAAGAUAUUGUAGAAUCAUCCUCUUACACGGACGAACUCUUGCAUAUGAGCUUCCAUGAGACCUGCCCCUACCUCAGAUUCGCGCACUGCACUGCCAAUGAUGCCAUUUUCGAUGCCUUCGCCAAUUGUGAUAGAGUACAUGUAAUUGAUUUCAGCUUCAAUCAUGGUUGCCAAUGGCCAGCAUUUGUGCAGGCUCUCGCUUUGCGUCCUGGGGGCCCACCGGCUUUUAGGCUAACUGGAAUUGGCCCACUGCAGGCUGAUAACACCGAUGCAGUGCAGGAAGUUGGAUCGACACUAGCCCAACUUGCAGAGACUUUUGGUGUAGAAUUUGAAUUCCGUGGAUUCGUGGUUGAUUCUUUAGCCGAUCUUGAUGCAUCGAUGUUGAAUAUUAGACCUAGUGACGUGGAAGCAGUGGCAGUAAACUCCGUUUUCGAGCUUCACAACCUGUUGUUCCCUCCAGGAGCAAAUGAGAAAGUGCUGAAUUUAAUAAAACAAAUACAGCCCAAGAUUGUGGUCAUCGCAGAACCAGGAGAGAGUCACUAUGAUAGCGGCUUUAUCGACAAGUUCAAUGAAGCAUGGUAUUACUAUUUAGUCGACUCGAGACAUGGAGAUGGUGGGACUGUACGAGUUGUGAGGCACGAGGCACUGAGUCAAUGGCGAGUGAGGAUGAACUCAGCUGGGUUCAACCCAGUUCACCUGGGUUCAAACGCGUGCAUACAUGCAGCCAUAUAUGUGGCCUUGCUCCUAAAUGGAGAAGGAUAUAGAGUAGAAGAGGAAGAUGGGUGUCUUAUGUUGAGUUGGCAUAGUCGACCGCUCACCGCCACCUCUGCUUGGCAGCUUAUGUCGCCGAGUCAGUCAAUGGGUGAGGGUGACUUUUUGACCUGUUGGGACAAAUGUUAG